UCCUUUCUCUUUCCCGCUUGCCACUUGCCGAGCGGAGCAUGAUGAACGGCUUGCGGCGAGCCUUGCUGCUGGGUCUGCCUCGAGCAAGAUGGCAUCGCCCUUUCGGGGCGCCCGUCCGCAGGAGCAGCGGUGAGGCACUCCUGCGGCAUGUGGCAGCCGGCGGGCCCACCCCGAGCCGGCAGAAGCCCCCGAGGCCGCGCUGGGAAGCCGCGGAGAUAGCGGCGCAGGAGGAGACACCGGAGGAGGAGUUCUUCUUCCCCGAGUACCUGCCGGAGGAGCCGAGCGCCGAGGGGAAAUCGCUGGCGCUCCAGGAGAAGCAGCAGCAGCAAGAGGCGGAGACGGGGCCCGAGCCGCAGCCGCGGACUCAGGCUAGCGACUCCCGGCGGCAGCAUCCGCAGCCAGGGCGGCGUGAGAGGAAGCCCCCAAGGGAAGGCCCCCCCGAGGUGUUUGGGCGGCCGGACCCUUCGGUGCCGUCCAGCGGGGUGAGUUGCUCGGGCUGCGGCGCGGAGCUGCAUUGCCGGGACCCUGCGGUGCCCGGCUACCUGCCCAGCGAGAAGUACUUGAGCCUCGUGGGGCAGCAGGAGGAGGAGGAGGAGGAGGGAGAGCUGGGCGGCGGCGAGGGGGAGCAGCGCAGGCGGCAGGCGCUGGAGGGGGCCGUGUGCCAGCGCUGCUGGUUCCUGGUGCAUCGCCAGCGGGCCUUGCAGGUGCAAGUGUCUCGGGAGGAGUACCGGAGGGUGGUGAGCGCUGCCUUGCGCAGCCCUCCUCGCCACGGCCGCCCCCCUCUCGUCCUCUGCAUGGUGGACGUGCUGGAUCUGCCCGACGCGCUGCUGCCCGACUUGCCCGAACUGGUGGGGAGUGAGGCCCACGUCUUCGUGCUGGGCAACAAGGUGGAUCUGCUGCCAGGAGACUCGCCCACGUACCUGAAGCGCCUCCGAGAACGCCUGCUGGGGGCUUGUGCCCAGGCGGGCCUCUUAGAUCCCAGCCAGCCCCGCGAGGCCCCGGGCCGGCGCGUGGUCGAUGUGCACCUCCUCAGCGCCAAGACGGGCUACGGGGUGGAAGAGCUGAUCUCCAAGUUGCAGCGCUCUUGGAAGUUCAACGGGGACGUGUACCUCGUGGGCACUGUCAACACUGGCAAGUCUACCCUCUUCAAUACCCUCCUGCACUCGGACUACUGCAAGUCCAGAGCCUCAGAUGUGAUCAACCGGGCAACCAUCUCACCUUGGCCAGGAACUACGUUAAAUCUCCUGAAAUUUCCAAUUAUUAAUCCUACACCUUACAGAAUAUUCCGAAGGAAAGAAAGGCUAAUGGCAGAUGCAGAGAAAGCAGAGGAAGACCUCAGUGAAGAAGAACAAAAGCAAAUCAGAAUCCUCAAAAAGCAAGGCUACUUGAUAGGAAGAAUUGGAAGAACGUUUCAACUGCCUCAGAAGCUGGAAAAAAAUUGUGAAAUUGAUUUUGAUUUUGAAGCUUUGUCUUUAAGUAUGGAGGAAGAUCUGAAAGGAAGUAUGAAAGGAAGUUUCCUUUCACCAGAAACUACUGCCAAGAAAGAACUAACGUACAAUGAAGUGAAAGAUGCUCGCUGGUUUUUUGACACCCCAGGGAUUGUAAAAGAUGGCUGUGUUUUAAACCUCCUAAAGGAGAAAGAAGUGAAGCUUGUCUUGCCAACCUGUGCCAUUGUACCAAGGACAUUUGUGCUUAAGCCUGGGAUGACUCUGUUUCUGGGUGCUUUGGGACGCAUAGAUUACAUACAGGGGGACAGCUCAUCUUGGUUUUCUGUUGUGGCCUCUAACUUAUUGCCUGUGCACAUCACUACAGUAGAGAAAGCAGAUGAUAUCUACCAAAAGCAUGCCGGCCAAACACUACUGAAGGUCCCUAUGGGAGGUGAAGAACGAAUGAAAGGUUUCCCACCGCUUGUUCCUCAGGAUGUAAUCUUGGAAGGAAUUGGUGAUGAUGAGGCUGUGGCUGACAUAAAGCUUUCAUCUGCUGGUUGGGUUGCAGUUACGGCUCACUCAUACAACAAAAUGCAUCUAAAAUGCUAUGCUCCUGAAAGAACAACGCUGAUGGUACGAAAGCCUCCUUUGUUGCCAUACAUCGUUCAGAUUAAAGGAGAACGCAUAAAAAGAAGUUCAGCCUACAGGCCAAAAAAACCACCACCUCUUGUGGAGAACUUAAAGGGAAAUGAAAAUAAGAAAAAGAAACUUGGGAUCAUAAAGGGAAAUGAAAAUAAGAAAAAGAAACCUGACACCCAAAAUAGACAUUUUGGAUAAUGUUUAGCCAAUACAUUUCUCCAAAAACGGCAGACUGUUGUUUUGUGCAAAAUACAAGUUUAUUUUAAGACACUUUUGACGGUCCGAGGUCAAAACCAGUAGAACUAUAAUGCAAUAGCAAGGAACCAAUACUAAGGAGCCGCAGAAAUCACGAGUGAUCUCUACGGCGAUCGAACAGGAACUGAGGUGCCUGUGUUUCCUCCCGCCUUAAAUAGCCAUGUGGUCACGUGGGGCGGGGCGCAGGCGCUGAAGAGGAGCUGUAGAACUCGAUACCGAGAGGCUUCCACGCAGGCGCAGAACCCCACUCUAAUGGUUUCAACGGAUCACGAACCAGAUACUUGGGAUCAUAAAGGGAAAUGAAAAUAAGAAAAAGAAACCUGACACCCAAAAUAGACAUUUUGGAUAAUGUUUAGCCAAUACAUUUAUCCAAAAAUGGCAGACUGUUGUUUUGUGCAAAAUUCAAGUUUAUUUUAAGACACUUUUUGUAAACUACUUCUGUAAAAUAUUUGAGAAUUUAAUGUUAGGAAGCUAACGUCGCAUUGAAAUUUGCAGUAUCGCUUUGUGUUGCAAACUGCUAGGUUGCCAUUUAUAUUUUCCAGUCCCCAUGUCCUACUUUCAGCAGACCAGCUUAGUAAUUUCAUUAGUUUUGUUAGACAAAUGUCAGAAAAGGAAGGAUGCAUAGCUAUGGCAUGGGUAGAUCAUCCUAUCCAUAAGGCUUGUGUGUAAAGAAACUGGCUCUAUUGGGUUCCUGCUAUGUAAUUAUGGCAAUGGCAUCAGAACAGAAAAGUAUUAUCUGAGCAGUCUGGGAAAACAAUGUGGAAAUAUUUGAUUUGUGAGAGUUUAUAGAGAUAGCAACUUUGACCUUUUCCAUAGGAUAUUAUCUGUGGUAACUGAGAAAUCCAGCAAAACAUACAAAUGUAACUACUGUUUUGAGUUGCAAUUAAAAGCAAUGAAAGCCAGUCCCUUGCUGCCAUUUGCAGAAAUUAAGAGAAUAUCACUAUCCAAGGUAAAAUGAAUGUCCAGGAAGCUGUGGAGGAGAAUCUGAUAGAGGCAGGAAGAUUCAAGGAUAGGAGGAAUACAGGAAAAGACAAUGAGUACAGUAUAUCAGAAGGACUUCUGUUUCACACUUGAAUUAUAUUAAAACCAUUUUGCUUCUGGGAGAUUUUUUAAGUGGAGAAAGCUCAUCCAGUAGUACCAUAGUAAAUAUUGAGUGUGAAUUUGUGUGUCAGUAUUUAUCCCCCACCCUUCCAAUUUAUCCCAUAUGUGAGCUGUUCCACUCACUCCCAAGGGAAAAACUGAAGUGCUGAACUUGGAACAGUGUUGUUGACAAAGCCCGGCCCAAAGAUUUGAGGUCCUUUGCAAUAUAUAUCAUCUCUCUCAACUUGCACAUUAUCCAUCCUAACUAUAAGCACUGUACAGGUCAUAAAGCCAGUGCCCAACUUGUUCACAUGUCACUGUGACAGAGAAAUCCAGGAGAAGGCUCAGUUCUUAGUAGAUGGUAUUAAGGCUCACCAGGGAAGCACAAAGGUUUAGUUGCAUGACACAGUCCCCAAGUAUCAUGCUUUACUUUUCACCCAUGUGAGUGAGUGAUAGCCAUUUGCUGUACUUGGACACUACUGCAACUCGGGUACAUCCUAUCUUCUGUCUUGAUUCCUCAGCUAAAUGAGGUUCCAGGGCAGGAGAAUGCUCAGACAGGUACUGUGCCCUGGGUAUUGUAGCCAUGCAAUUGCUUCCACACAUGCACCCACCCAUCAUAAUCAUGGGUAUUUUGCUGCAGGUAGAGAAACAAUAUUAAUUGCUCUCAUUCAUUCAUUUGCUCCCCCCUGAGUAGAUUGCUCAUGGGAUACUUUAAAGAGGAUCUACUUGCAAAGGUUCUUAAGGAAACAGGUAAGUGUCAUUAGAGCUAAAAUAGAAUCAGAGUUAAAUACAACACAGGUUUAACGAAGAGGGGACACUGCGGUGCCUAUCCAGGCAUUUACACAGCAGUACAUGGUCCUAAAGCAGUGACAUUGAAGAAUCACAGGAACUCCACAUAUAGCAUCUCACAGUCUCUAUUAAUUUUAAAAUACGUAGCCUCAACAAAAAAUGAGAACUUGUAAUGGUACAUGAUCUAGGACUAGCUCCUUGAUAUUGAGGGUCUUUAUUUACAUUCUGAAGAAUUUGUGCAAAGUAGUCAUACUUCCUGAUGAGCUACAGAUACUAAAUUUUGCAUAUACAAUCCUGCCACUGAAAUUAGCUGAAUGUAUUACUUUUCAUACUGGAAUAUGCUCAGUGAAAAUUUAGGGUUUGGGGUGGUUUUUUAAAAGUAGUUUUGAAUCUCAUGCUUCCUGAUUACCAAUUUUUGUAUGAACAAUCCUGUCAGUUAUAUUAGUAGUUAAAUCACUACUUUUCACAUUGGAAUAUGCUUGGGGACAUGUUAAAAUACUUUUUUCUUUAUCUUUAGCAGAUAUUCUGAAUUAGUAAUAUUACUAUGAUUCAAAUUUACCAUUUAUGGUCCUUAUACAAUAAAGUGAAUGUUUGAAGUUGAAAUCCUA